AUGGCAGCAGAAGAAUUUGGUCUAAUUCCAAAGCAUAUGUACAUCAGCGAUCAACCACAUGCAGCACAGAUUUUGCUUGACAACUCAAUCAAACACAAGAAACCGCAACUAUCAUAUUUGAACCGUUUGAGACCACUAAAUGAAUCAGCAAGAACAACAACAUCAGCUAUUGAUACGCCAGCAGUCAUUCCCCCAACCCCUGAACCACCUAUCGUUGCCAAGGCAGAAAACAAUCCACAAAAACAAGCUCUCCUUCUCACUUCUGUAGACGAUGAUGAUGAUGAUGAUGGUGAUGAUGAUGAUGAUGAUGAAGGUAACGAGAUGGAAAAAAGUGUUGAGCUUAGUGAGGCAUUAUCCACAGAACGUAUCCUGUUACAAUUACAGCUCAUGGACGAACACUAA